AUGGAUGACGCCACCUUCCAGCGCCACCUGAAGCUCUUAGAAAGCCGAGAUGGAUUGGAAGAAGCUGUGGACAUCGCCAUGACUCCGAUUUUCACCGAACCUGUCCGAACCCACGUUCUUUCGGCCACAAAAGGCCAGAAUCAAGGAAUGACAGCAUUCAGUCAGUAUGGCCUUUUCGCAGCAGACCUCCGCGAGACAGUCUUAGGAUCCUUGGACCCUGCCAAGUCGUCAACCAAGCCUGAUCCGCGAAUAUUUUACAAUGUUGCCACACCAUCAAGUGUUUUCAUAUGUGGAAGCCAAGGGUCGGGUAAAAGCCACACUCUGAGCUGCCUCUUAGAAAAUUGUCUUGUUCCUUCUGAGGCUGCCGUUCUACCACGUCCUCUGACAGGUCUUGUCUUUCACUAUGAUACCUUCGUUUCAGAAGCAGGUGGUCUCCCUUGUGAAGCUGCUUUCCUUUCAUCGGAGGACUGCGUGAAAGUCAGGGUCCUCUGCCCGCCAACCAAUAUACAGCAGAUCAAGAGAAUCUAUUCUUGCCUCCCUAAUGUCGCUGUUGAGGAGUUACGGAUCAAGGAAUCAGACCUUAACACCAAGCGCAUGUUGGAUUUAAUGGCAGUCAGUUCUAUUCAGGGCGGGGGUAUGCCGCUGUAUCUGCAUGUGGUAACUCGCAUCUUGCGCGACUUGAGAGUCCAGCAACAGCAGCUGGGGACAAGUUUCGACUACGGCGCGUUUAAGACGGCUUUGAAACAUGAGAACCUCACUGAUGGACAGAGGGCUCCUCUGAAUCAGCGCCUGGAGACCCUAGAAAGUUUCAUGGUCAAAAAGCGGGCAGGGUCAUACUAUAAUAGCAAGACGACGUCCACUGGAGGUGUUAUCUACAAGGGCAACGAUUGGUCACCUGUGCGCGGACAACUCACUAUUGUUGAUAUGUCCUGUCCUUGUGUAACCCCGGAAAUGGCUUGUGCACUCUUUAACAUUUGUUUAAGCCUCUUCUUAGAGCAAGAAUCUACAGUCGGCCGUGUAGUCGCCCUUGACGAAGCACACAAGUUCAUGACGGUCGGAGCUGAGUGCCAGACGCUGACAGAAUCCUUGCUCUCGGCUAUUCGACUGCAACGUCAUAUCGGUGUCCGCGUUUACAUCUCAACGCAAGAACCUACGAUAUCGCCUCGCCUUCUCGAUCUAUGCUCAAUCACCAUCGUUCACCGGUUUAGCUCUCCGAAUUGGCUACAUAGACUGGAGCAACAUCUAGUUGGUGUUUCUGUAUAUGAAGCUGAGGAGAAAGGUCGAAACGGGAGUGGUAAUACGGCAAAUGGAUUAAUCGAGAGAGAAACAAGUAGCUUCGACCACGGAUCUCUUGACCAGACACUUUUCUCAACAGGAUUGCUAUCGCAAAUUGUUCAGCUGCGAAGAGGCGAAGCUUUGAUGUUUGCACCCGGCGCCAUAAUUGAAACGGGGAAGCUUCCGUCUACAUCUACAAAUGCCGGCCUCGAACUUUUCAAAGAGUCUCCUUACACUGGAAUUUUUCACCUAGGGAAAGGAUUAUUGAAGGUACGAAUUCGGCAACGAGUGACGGCAGAUGGAGGUCGAAGUGUUUUGGCGGGUUGA